UACGUCACGGAAGCAGAAGGAAACCUCCAGCGAGCCCGUGCCCUGGUGGAUGUGAUGCAGAAGGAGAAGAUUGAGCUGUUGAACCAGCUGGAAGAGGAGAAGAGGAAAGUGGAGGACUUGCAGUUCCGUGUGGAGGAAGAAUCCAUCACGAAGGGGGAUCUGGAGACUCAGACGCAGUUGGAGCAUGCCCGAAUACGGGAGCUCGAGCAGAGCCUGCUGUUUGAGAAGGCACAGGCUGAAAAACUCCUCAGAGAAUUAGAGGACACCAGGUUAACCACGGUAGCGGAGAAGUCCAGAAUCCUGCAGCUGGAGGAGGAGCUGAGCCUCAGGCGCAGCGAGGUGGAUGAACUUCGUCAGUGCCUCAGGAGCUCUCACCAAGCAGAGACCCCUGAGCAUAACCUUGGCUUACAGUCAGAGGCUCUUCGUCUACGAGAUCAAUUGCUGUCUGCCAACAAGGAGCAUCAGAAGGAGAGCAGCCAGCUAAAGGAGAAGUACGAGAAGACGUUGAAGAAGUACCAGCAGGAGAUGGAGAAGCUGAAAGCUGUCAAUGAGAAGUAUUCACAGGAAAUCGUUGACCUAAAGCAUAAAGUUCAGCAAGCCACUAAUGAGAACAUGGGGCUUAUGGACAACUGGAAGUCCAAAUUGGACACGUUAGCUUCUGACCACCAGAAGUCUCUGGAGGACCUCAAAGCCACAUUGAACACAGGCCCUGACACCCAGCACAAGGAGAUUGUGGAACUGAAGGCAGUGGUGGAGAGUAUAAAGAUGGAGCACCAACUUGAGUUGGAGAACCUGAAAGCAAAGCAUGACAUUGAGACAGCUGUUCAUAUAAAGGAGAAAGAAAGUCUCAAACUGAAGUUGCAGGAGGCUGUGGAUGAGCUGGAAAAAAACAACAGCGACUGGAAAAUGCAACUGGAAACCAAAAGCAAUCAGCACCUUCUUGAGCUCCAAGAUGUGAAGGACAGGUGUCGAGAUGCUGAGCUGAGGGUGCAUGAACUGGAGAAACUUCAUGGUGAAUAUAAAGAUCAGGCACAAGCAAUAGCUUUCUUGAAAGAGCAGAUUUCUUUGGCUGAGAAGAAGAUGUUGGACUAUGAAACAUUACAGAAGACAGAAGCCCAGAGCAAACAGGAGAUCCACAGAUUGCAGGAAAAAGUGCUUGUCUUAGAGAACAAGCUGCAGUCCAUGGAGGCCCUGCAUCCUUCUCAGCAUGCAAAUAUGAUUGAAACUAAUGAUAUUUCGGAAGAAAAGAUAAAGAUGAAGCAGACUAUGGAAGACCUCCAAGACAAGCUGAGUAAAAGAGACAAAGAGGUGUCAUUACUGGUGUCCCAGACUGAAACUCUAAGGGCCCAAGUAAGUGCUUUGGAAAAUAAAUGCAAAACAGCAGAAAAGAAGGCCGAUUCGGUGUUAAAAGAAAAGAAGAGGCUGGAAGGUGAACUGGAAGCCUUGACCAAGAAAACACACGAUGCUUCAGGGCAACUGGUCCUGAUUAGCCAGGAGCUACUCAAGAAGGAAAGGAGCCUGAACGAGCUGAGAGCCUUGUUACUGGAGGCGAACCGGCACUCGCCUGGGCCAGAGCGGGACCUAAGCCGGGAAGUACACAAAGCCGAGUGGCGACUGAAGGAACAGAAGCUCAAAGAUGACAUCAAGGGGCUACGAGAGAAACUGGUUGUGCUGGACAAGGAAAAAUCAGUAACGGAUCAGCGGCGAUACUCCCUGAUCGACCCCUCGUCAGAGUCAGAAGUGAUCCGGCUGCAGCACCGGCUCGUCAGCACGGAGGAUGUACUGCGCAAUGCGCUGGAGCAGGGACACCAGAUGGAGAAGCUCAUGGAAGCCAUGAGGCUCUCCUCCGAGAGAACACAGACUGUUGGAAAUUCUGGGUCUGCUAACGGGAUUCACCAGCAGGAUAAACCCCACAAGCAAGAGGAGAAGCUCUGA